GAUGUCAUCAGGGUGAGCCGCCGCUGCCGCCAUGAACAGCGUCGGGGAGGCCUGCACUGACAUGAAGCGCGAGUACGACCAGUGCUUCAAUCGCUGGUUUGCCGAGAAGUUCUUGAAGGGAGACGGCUCCGGGGACCCGUGCACCGACCUCUUCAAGCGCUACCAACAGUGUGUUCAGAAAGCAAUAAAGGAGAAGGAGAUUCCCAUCGAAGGACUGGAGUUCAUGGGCCAUGGCAAAGAAAAACCUGAAAGUUCUUCUUGACAGUCAUCUCGGAAAAGGACUCCUCAAGUCAUAAAAUUGAGGAACCAUGGAUUUUGUCAGUUAAGACUGUGAAGAUAGUCAUCCAUUUGAUGAGGAGCUUAGGAGGGAGAAUUUUUGUUUCCUCCUGUUUUCCUCUCUGCUUUGAGAUGAGUUCUCACUGGUUCUGGCAUCUUACAGGAAUUCCAUGUGCUAAAACUGAAUGACUUACUAUUAUGGUUCCAAUAGUUGGGUCUGAAAAGAAUCAGCUUUAAUUAUACCUUGUAUGUAAAUAAUGGUAAACUUGUUGCCUAACCUCUUGAGUUAAUGCUGCAAAAGGACAUUAGGUACAACUGUACUUGGGUCAUUGUUUUUGGGAGCAAUGGUUAGGACAUCUCUUUUUUUCUCAGGGAGUUAAUGGUCUGAAAAGGAUCCCCUAGCACAACAGUUUCGUUCAAUGCUUGGGAACAAUUUUGCUUUUUAUGGUUAAGAUUGCUGGUGGACUGGGUUAGCCAAGUGAUGAUAACUUUCAAUAGUUAACCACCUUCUCAGAUUCACAUUCAAAACUGAAGAAUUUUGCAAUGAAAACCAUUUCAGAGCUCAGUGUACCCCAGAAAUUAAGAUCCUUGGAAGCUCUAUGGAAGACCCUAAAUUUGCUGUUGCCAGCUCUCAACCCAAGUCAAUGAAUUACAUCAACCCACAUAUCAUAAAAAUGUUGAAAUGCUGCAUCUGGCUAAAAUGAGGGGUUGGGGUAGGAAAAGUUAUGCUUUAUUUUCAUUGUUUACCCACCCUGCCAUGUCUGUAAUCAUGGAGACAGAAUAAAUCGUAAUAUUUGGUGUCUACCCUUA